GGAAGUACUACAGUGUUGCCAGCCUGUUGCUGAGAAGAGAGGAGGGACGCUGUCUGGUUGUCUGGGAAAGAGAUUAAGCAGACAGCGCUUCCCAGAAACCCAUUACAGUGCAGUUGAACUGUAUGGCUAUGAAUGCUUCUGAUAAAAUCCAUGAAGUACAGCGUGCCCUUCACAGGGCUAAGCUAAAAAUAACUAGAUUAAAAGGGGAACCUGGGGAGAAGGAAGAUUCCUUCGUAAAUGAAGUGGAGCUCAGAACUGUUGCAGAGAAGCAAAAUAAAGAACAAGACCUACUAGUUGAUAUGUACAAAGGCACGUCCUGGUUUGUGGUUUCAUAUUAGCAGUGUCCUUCCUUUUGGCUUGGAACCUAUAUUGACUGGGGGCUGGUUUGAUUUAACACUCCACAACGAUCUCUACUGGUCUCAGGUGGAUGACAGUCAGGUUGAACCUACCUCUAGGCUAAUCCCAAAGUAAAUGAGGAACUGAAGGAAAGACUGCCUGCCACAAAAAAGCACCAUUGUGAAGACAUAAAAAAACAAUCCAGUAAGCUUGAGACCAGUUUCCAAAAGUUGGAGGCGAUCUCUAAACCACUGCCAGAGCAAACAAAAUCCGGAGCAGAAAUGGAGAAUUUGUUCAAAGAGAGGAAGCAUUUACAAAACUUUGUUGAAAAAGAAGAUAGAGUUGGGUUGGAAGACUUGGAAAGUACAGCGGGCAAAGACACAACGUCUCAGGACGGAAGAAUAGAGACAGUAGAAAAACCCCACUGUGGGACUGUUACUGACACAUGUGGGGGUGCGGAUCACAGCUACAUAAUUCAGAAACAGGCCUGUAAAGAGGGUUCAGAACCUCAGACUUCUCACUCCAGUGAAACACUUGAAAUCAAGAGCAAAACUGCCAGUAGCAUUGCUAGAACAUGCAGGACUGUCUCUUCUCAAGAGCUCAGAAUACUUCAUACUGGCCCUCAAACCCAGAAGAAAACUGCUGCUGCUGUUGGCGUACAUGAAAAUCAAGGUAACACCCUGACAAGUGGCUCCUUAACCCCUGAAAAAGCAACUCCUAUCCUAGAUAAGGACAAGAAUAUAGCUUUCCUCUUGAAAGAGUUGGACUCCGUGAGAGAUAUCAAUAAGAAGCUCCAGGACAGACUCUCAGGGAAAGAAAGAGAGCUGGAGACCAGAAAACUUGAUGUUGAGCUGCAGGACAAGGUGAUGGAGGCUCAUGCAGCUGAACAGGCUGCAGCUCUAGUUGAAGAAAUAUACCAUGCCCAGAGGGAACGAGACCAAGCAGUAAUGGCUAGACUAAGGCUGGCCAACGAGGAAAGAGAUGAAGCCCUUUUACGAGCCAAGCGGCUGGAGCAGGCAAUAGUGGAGCUGGAGAAUAUUAACCCUGAAGAAAAUGACAUGUCAUUACAGGAAUUACUAAACAAAGUAAACAAUGCAGACUCCGGGUUGCUGAUCGAGAAGAGUGGAGCCGUGAUAGUGGACCGAAUACACAAGACUAGAGAGAGGAGAAAGAAGAUUACAGCAGAGGAGAUGAAUGCAGUGAUUGAGGAGAGGGAUGCCGCCAUAUCCAAAUGCAAAUGCUUAGAGCAGGAGCUUCAUCAUCUGAAAGAGCAGAGCCAGACUUCGGCAAACAACAUGAGACAUCUGACUGCCGAAAACAAUCAGGAACGUGCUCUGAAGGCUCAGUUACUAUCCACCCAACAGGAGAGAGACAGCGCCCUGCAGCAAUCUAAAAAAUUAGAAGAUGAAAUCCAGACUCUUCAUGUUUAUUACAGUUUACACAAGUCUUUGUCACAAGAGGCCAGCUUGAAAGAGCAGUUUCAAAGCACUCUGAGCACCUAUGAAGACGCUCUCCACUCCAAAGAGGGUAUUGUGUCACUCGCCAACCUCCACAAUGACCAGCUCAUCACCCAGCUGCAGCUUGCCCUCUCGGAGCGUGCAAACAUGGAGGCCCAGCUCCAACAGUCCUUGGAGGCCCAAAAAGAGGCUAAUGAAAAAGUUCAAAAGUUGGAGCGGCUGGUAGAUGUGCUGAGGAAAAAGGUUGGAGCGGGGACUGUCAGGACGGUGAUCUGAUUGAAAGGUCGAGUCUAGGGAUGUGGUCACAUCUGGUGACCAGGCUGCUCCGUUUACCACUGUGUAAACACUGAAGCCUUAACUCAGCAAACAGUUGUUAGAAGUGGUGCACUCAGACGACAUUCCAAGCAGAGAUCAAACUGAAUCAUAAAUGUUUAACCACUCUGCUGCUGAGUUGUGUUAUUUAAGCAAAUUUAUUUCCUUAAACAUUCGUUAUUUAAAUUGUAUUUCUUUAUUUAGCUCUGCCUAUUAUAAAGAACACGGUCUACUUAUUAUUUGUGGCCAGCUUUAAUGGAAACUUUUCCAUGUGCAGUUAUGAACUGUGUAUCACAAAUGGACUUAAUUCAGACUGAUAACUAUAUUUCUUUGCUCACUUAACCCAUUUCGCUCCAUUUCUGGUAAGUCUUCUCCUGAGUUAUAAAUAUGACCUUUUGGCUAGCGUAGAGCUUUAAAUUGUCCAGUGCAAACCAUAUUUGUCAAGCUAGGAAUGAUGUUCAUUGAGAAACUUGCAGAAUUCACUUGUUGCCAUGUGUUUUUUUUUUUUGUUUUGUUUUUACAAAAAAUGCAUAUUUAAAAAAUAAAUCUGUUUCUAAAAUGUUAGUUCUAUAAUCUGCACUGCUCUUGGAACAUAGAAGAAAUGGUUGUAUAAACAGCUGUUUAGAUAAAGGGGAGUUAUGCCCAUCAGAGCUGAUACUGGUGCUGAGGGCACUUCUCUAGUUUGAAUGAGAGGGCAGUAAAGAUAGGACAGGGUUCUACUGUAAUUGUUAUGUUUUUAUUGUUAUACUACAGAUAGAUACUUUCCCAUUAAAGUGAGCUAUGCCACACAAUUCUGUCAAAUUGAUAUUGACAAAUAUUAUUAUUUUCUACAGACAAAUGCAUAUAUGUUAUUGGAUCAGACCUAACUGAGCCAAAAUAUAGAGCUUCACGUACUUUUGAUAAACUUAAUCUGCCUUUAUAUAUAUAUAUAUAUAUAUAUAUAUAUAUAUAUAUAUAUAUAUAUAUAUAUAUAUAUAUAUAUAUAUAUAUAUAUACUUUUUUUUUACCCCCCGGAGUUGUUUAUUAUGUCUUCUCUGGCUACUGCAACACAAACGCUUCCCCCAGUGAUCACAAAGCAUUUACCACCGUGCUAACUUUCCAUCAUUGUGAAGCAAAAAUCCAACAGGCAAUGUUACUAAAUCAGCAAGAAACAACUAUGGUAAAUGCUGAAUCUCAUUGUAUAACGUAUUGAGUUUGUUUGAAGCUUUGUAAAAUAAACGUUUCAAAUGUUAACAGUGGUAAAUACUUUGUGAAUAUGGCUUUAUAUUUGGUAGAUCAAGCAUAACUGUAUAGCCUAUACAAUCUGUAACUGUUUAAAAUGUCUGUUUGGAUUGUGAUUUUUAUAUUUUAAUAAACUAUUUGCUUAUGGA